AGACGAUCCAAUCAUGAAAGUUCUGGUUCUCAUCACUUUGGGUCUGGUCGCCCUGGCCGCCGCCCGACCCUCUGACAUCAUCGACUUCGAGGAGGACCACAUGGAGCACGAGCAGGAGGGCAUCCCUGGAACGGCCGUGGAGGGCGAGUACUCGUGGGUAGCGCCCGACGGCAACGAAUACGUCAUCAAGUACGUCGCCGACCGCUUCGGUUACCGAGUGGUCGAGGACAACGUUCUGCCAGAGUUCCGUGACGCCAAACCCGACGGUGAAAUGGCCGAGGACGACGACGACGACGACGACGCGGAAUUCCGUGCUGAUGAUGACGAGGAGGACGACGAUUAAAGUACAACUUAGUUCCAAUAUUAGUGUGAGAACUGGUAGGAUUCACACCGCAAAUGAAAUGCAUAACGAAUGACACUGUAAUAUAAUGCAGUUGUAACUGAAAAUAAGACAAUAAAACAUAUUUUGUUAAA